UCUUUUCUAUUUGGUUCAGUUAGAAUUUUGAUCAACUGCAUGAUCAAUGGAUCUGCUAGAGUUUUGAAACAUGAGAUAGUCUCUCUCUCUCUCUCUCUUCCCCUUUUUCUCCUGUCAAAUCUACUACUGCAAAAUGUCAAACAUGACUUCCACCAAAGGUAUUUUUGACAUUAUUUUUACUACUACGGAAUACUUUUCCGCAAAGUUUCUUUUGUCAUUGGUCUUUAAUCUCCUUUAAAGAAUUUGUAAAAACAAAACGUGUGCUAUCUCAUGAUACUGCUGGUAGAAUUUGAAGUAUGCUCAUUUAUACUCCACCCCUGCACUUUGGAGAUACAAGUGCUUCUGAAAUAAUAAUAAUACCCUCUGUACAAGAAGUAUUUGAAUAUUGAGUAAUCAAUUACUGUACUCUUUUUGUUGGUUAUAAAUUUAAUAUAAUAACCAGAAGUAGACAACGACAGUAAAGGAAACUGACCAGCACUUACUUAGCCAUUCUGGCAGAAUCACACGCACGCGCGCGCGCUAAGUUUCCUUCUUUUUAUAUAAAUGCAUUCUACUUCCUAGUCAGUUACAUCAACCACAAGUCCCUACCUUUCCCUUUCAUAUUCUUGUCUCUGUUUAUUUCUCAUUUUGCUUGUUCGUUUCAUUCAUAUUUCUCACUUGGUUAAACUCAGUUUUGUACUCUUUAUAGAGAAAAUGUCUUCUUGGGAAAAACCUAUAAUAAGAAAGGAAAGGCUUCAGCAAAGGCGAAAAACGCCAUCGUUUUCUUCCUCUUUGCUCGAAGCCAUUUACCAAUCCAUUGAUGAAUCCAAAGAAGAAGAAGAAAAACGUCAAGAAGAAAACCAUGUUCCGAAUAAAAGGAACAAUACUGUGGAAUCUGAACAAGAAAUUACUAGUCUUCGACGAGCAAUCUUGAUCGAGAAAUGGAUGGAAAGUUACAAGUAUACUCAAAGCUCAGGACACUUUAGUUCCGAUUCAAGUUCAUCAACUGACUCAAGCAUGUUUUCAUCCUCAGAAACUGAGUCAGCUUCAAGAUCUACCUCUAAGUCAGCACUUUUUCAGACAUUGCCAAAACCAACAAGACAAGUUCGUGAAAUACUUGUUCGAUCAGAAAAGGUUGUUACAUUGUCUGCAGAGACAACUCCAAAAUGUGAAGGAGGAAGGUUUAUGAGAACAAAAACAAGAGCCUUGAAAAUUUAUGGUGACUUGAAAAAGGUGAAACAACCUAUUUCACCAGGUGGGAAAAUAGCAAACUUCUUGAAUUCGAUAUUCAAUUCAAGAAAUAUGAAGAAAAACCACCACCACCACCACCACCACAACCAACAAGGUAUGGAAGAUUGGAGUUCGGUGAGGAAAUCAAGAUCUGUGAAUGACUUAAGUAGUACUGUGACAUGUUCAUUGGCUUCAAGUUCUUCUUGCUUAAACAAAAGUACCCCUUCUUCGACGAGAGGUAAAUCGAAAAGAUCAGUUAGAUUUUGCCCUGUUAGUGUAAUUGUUGAUGAAGAUUGUCAACCUUGUGGACACAAGAGUAUAUACAAGAAUGAGGAACCAAGAAAUUGGCAUGUUCCUAAAGUAGGGAGCUUCAGAAACUUCGAGGGAAAACACAUAAACAAGAAUCAAUACAGAGGAUUUUACGAAAGUGAAGAGGAAGAAGAUGAUGAUGGUAGGAGUUGUGCAAGUUCUGAUUUGUUUGAACUUGAGAAUAUUGGCAUGAUUAGUCAUGUUCAUGCAACUAGAAAUGAGUUGCCUGUGUAUGGAACUACUAGUUUGAAAAUGAAUCAAGCAAUUGCUAGGGGUUUAGUUAUGUGAGGUAAUAUUUCAUUAGAUCAUCAAUGUAAACACUUAAAAAUGAGUGAUUUGUCUUCUUGUA